AGAAUUGGUAAGCCACAGUUCAAGCCACUUCAAUUUCUACACCAGCCCCAGAUAAGAUUUGCCUCCUUCGUUGUAGCGCCCCUCCAAGCUGGAGCAUCGAACGUUUUUCUUUCUCCAUAUCUCCAAACACCAUAAUACGGCCACAUACAGAACAACUUCGUUCUGCCGAUCAUCCUCCGCGAUGCCGCCUCAGAUAAAACAAGACCUCAACCGCUCCGGUUGGGAGUCGACCGACUUCCCCUCGGUCUGCGAGAACUGCCUCCCGGAGAACCCCUACGUCAAGAUGCUCAAGGAGGACUACGGCGCCGAGUGCAAGCUGUGCACGCGGCCGUUCACCGUCUUUAGCUGGGCCGGCGACCGGGCCAACCGCCGCAAGAAGCGCACCAACAUCUGCCUGACAUGUGCGCGCCUCAAGAACGCCUGCCAGUGCUGCAUCAUGGACCUGCAGUUCGGCCUCCCCAUCGUCAUCCGCGACAAGGCGCUCGAGCUGGUUGCCCCGGGCCCCAGCAGCGAGAUCAACCGCGAGUACUUUGCCCAGAACAACGAGCGCGCCAUAGAGGAGGGCCGCGCCGGCGUCGAGGAGUACGACAAGGCCGACGACAAGGCGCGCGAGCUCCUGAGGAAGCUGGCCAACAGCAAGCCGUACUUCCGGAAAGGCAGGGCGGUGGAGGAGGAUGGCGCCAACCCCGCUUCGGCAAGCCCGAGCGGUGGGAGCGCGCUUGGAGGAAACCCGGCUGUUGGAGCCGGUAUUGGCGGCCCGGGACCCAUCCGUUCGAGGGAUUCCAGAGCCGCCGCGGCAGUUGGCGCAAGACCUGGCGGAGGGCGUAAGGGCCCUCCCAUCGCAAGCCAGCCACCACCGGGCCCAAAAGAUUGGAUGCCCCCAGCCGACAGGAACGUCAUGUCGUUAUUUGUCACGGGUAUCGAAGAUGACCUGCCCGAGUUCAAGAUUCGCGACUUCUUCAAGGUCCACGGCAAGAUCAGAUCGCUGGUUGUCUCGCACAUGUCGCACUGCGCCUUCGUCAACUACGACACGCGCGAGGCUGCUGAGAGGGCCUCUCUCGAGUACAAGGGGCGUGCGGUCAUUGCCGGGUGCCCGCUGCGGGUAAGAUGGGGACAGCCAAAGGCCAUCGGAACGAUGGAUCGUGAGCAGCGUGCAGAGAUGUUGCGGGACGCCAGAUCUGCCUUCCCCGGCGCAAGGCGGGCUGGUGGUCAGAAGGCCCUCGAAGGCCGUCCUGGCGAGGGGGGUGAGGCUGCUGGAGCUGAGCAGGCGGAAGAUGCGUCACUCUCGGUCGCAGCGCCGCCCGGAGCUGCGGAUGUGAAUUACGCAAGUCUGGCUGGAAACUGAAAGAAAAGGAGAAAAGGAGUGGUCUUGAAAAAUGGGGUAUGCGAGGCGUUCUGGCGUCCAAUUUAAAGACUUAACGUCGGUUUUGAGGUUAUAUCUCCACCGUUUGCACGGAUUGUAAGGAUCGCAAGGCUAGCAUUCAUGGUUCAUGGUUUAUGGUUCAUGGUCAUAUAUAUUGGUAAUUUGUACAGUGCUGGGUAUCAUACAUAGAUGGUUAUACAAGAGCAUGGCAAACCGCCACCGCCGUACAACCCUU